AUGACGCGUAAAAGUCGCCGUCACGUCAGAGGAAAGAACAGGACGACGACGCAAAACUCGGCGUUGACGCGUGAUGAGGAGGAACAGAAAACAGAAGGAGAAAUAGAAGACACCCCAACGAACGACGACGACAUCGCACGACAGCUCCACCGAGAAGCGUUAUCCGUGCUCCAAUGGCACUUGGUCUCCCGAACCGUUGCGAAAUUUUGCGAAACCACUCUCGGACGACAAAAAUGUGUCUCCUUGGCUUUGAAAAACACGCGCGAGGAAUGCGAAGAAGAAAUGCGAGUGACGAGCGGGAUUUUAAAGCUUCUUUCUCGUCGCCGUUUACGUUCGGGUGAUGGUGCUGAUGAUGAUGCGUCUGUGUCGUCGUCGUCAAAGUCGAUAAGAAACAGACGAAGAGAUUAUGGAUAUUUGGACGGCUGUUUCGAAGGAUGUAAAGACGCGCGGAUGUUUUUGGAAGGCGCGAAGAAAGGGCAGACGCUCAGCGCGGGGAGUUUCGUGGACGUGUACACGACUCUGGUAGCUAUGGAAAAGGUGUGCGAUGAAAUAUAUAUAGACGAUGAUGCGAGUGGCGCAGACGAUGAUGAUGAUGAUGUGAAGGCGUUGCGGAAAGCUACGGAAAGCUUACGAGCGUGUCGCGACGACGAGAAAGUGCACGCGAUGAGGAAGGAGAUUGAACGGUGUAUAAACGUAGAUAUUUCGUCCGGUGCGAUACGAAACGACGCUUCGGAAGAUUUAGCGCAGAUUAGGUCGAACUUAUCGUCCACGGCGAAGACGUUGAGGAAGACGUUGAACGAUAUCGCCAACGAGAUGGCGCAGAAGAAGUUUGCGGAGCGGGCGCAGAUCGUGACGAGAUUAGGUCGCGAGUGUAUUCCCAUGAAGCUAGGAUCGGCUGGUCAGCUAAAGGGUAUCGUACUCGCGACGUCGGAUUCUGGUGCGACUGUAUUUAAAGAACCAGAAGAAGUUAUCGCGUUGAAUAACUUUCUCAGCGAAUUGAAAGAGUUGGAAGAGAUGGAAAUUGAAGUCAUUUUAAAACGGUUGACGAGCGAGUUGAAAGAAGUAGCCGAUGUGAUUCAAGAAGCGCUGGAGGUUGGAAUGACGACCGCGGAUUUAGCGAACGCGAAAGCGAGACACGCGAAAUGGAUGAGCGGGUCGAGACCCGUUUUCAUGGAUUCGUCAGCUUCUUCGUCUUCGGAAAAGAAAGUGUCAAUCACCAACGCGCAACAUCCUCUCCUGUUGGAAAAAUAUCUACCAAAGCUCCCAAACUUCUUAGGCGACGACGACGACGAGAACGAUAAACAAAAAGCGUGGGAGAAACUCGCACCGGGGAGUUUCUACGACGAGAAUGCCGAAGAAGAAAUCGAUAGCAAACAAGGACGCACUCGAUUCGAUUGCCGAUCGAAAAUCGUGCCAAUCAACUUUCACAUCGACGCGGAAGCCACGGCUGUUGCCAUCACCGGUCCAAAUACUGGUGGUAAAACGGCUUCGUUGAAAACGUUAGGAAUCCUCGUGCUCAUGGCGAGGGCAGGAAUGUAUUUACCUUGUGGCGGUGAGAGCUCUGAACACGGACAGCAAAUUUUACCAUUCGUGAGAACGGUCGCGUGCGAUUUGGGGGAUUCGCAAACUUUGCAACUUGGCGAUGGUGGAUUAUCCACGUUUGGGGCGCACAUUCGACGAUUGAAACGCAUUUUAGAAUCCUCCACGGAAGAUUCUUUGGUUUUACUCGACGAACCGGGUUCAGGAACCGAUCCUCGCGAAGGUGCGGCGUUAGCAGUCGCCGUCUCCUCAGCCGUCGCGAAGAAGUCGAAACUGCUCGUGUUGACCUCGCACUUUGAAGAAGUAAAACAGUUUGCACUCGCGGUCGACGAUAACGACAACCAAUUCAGAGUAGCAGCCGUUCGAUUCGACGUGGAAAAUAACCGACCGACGUACGAACUAGUUUGGGGUGAAACGGAAGAUUCUAACGCGUUGUCUAUUUCGCGCGGUUUAGGAUUAGACGGCGAUUUAUUGGAGGAGGCGACGCAGGCGCAUGCGAGAAUGAUGGAACUGGAAAUGCGCAACACGAAGAAACGUGAACAAAACUCGGAUGCAAGUUUAGACGAAGAAGACGAAGAUGCAAAUCUUGCGGACAGUCUUCGAUUGGAACGCGAAGAACAACGCUUACGGUUUACGCAAGCCACGGAAAAUUUUGAGCGCGCGCAACAAUUGAAAACAAAAGUUUUUCGAGAGACGAACUUUUUGCGAGAGCGAGUGAACAUCUCAAAGGAAAGAUUUGAGUUUCAAUCCGCGCAGUCUAUCGAAGAGGCAAAAUCGAGGUGUGAAACAGCCGCUACGCUCGAAGAAGUUGAAGAAAUAGUCAAAGAAACCUUUCCGGAAGGAUUUUACAUGAACGCUCGAGGCGAGAUUGCGCUCGAAGACGACGGCGGGAACGCGUCUGAAUACGUCCCAAAGCCAAAAGAUAAAGUGCUCGUAAAAAUGCUCGGCGGCGCGGAAGCCGAAGUCGUGAGCGUAGAUUUAGCCGCGAGCGAGUGUACGGUUCGCAUUGGAUCGCUCGUGACGCGCAGUCCGUUGAACGGCGUUUCGAAAGCGACCGAGAAGCAAGUCUUUGGUGGUCGAAAAUAG